GCCACGUGGUCUCUUAAGGGUUUCUUCCUCAUGUGAAGCCUGCGAGCGAACGGGAAGCACCAGAGGGUGAUCUUUCUUCCUUUUUAAGGCGAUCAAGGCGUCAUUUAGUGUAGGGGGAGUGAGAAGAGGGUUUGUCCACCGCAGCCUUCGCGUCUUCCUCUGCGAGGCGAAGACGCCCGACGCAGCCAGGUUCGAUAUGAGGACAGCUGCAGUCUCCACCCCGUGCCCGUCCUCCGCUCUCUUCCUCCACCAUUUGCCUCCUCGCUGCUCCAGAGAUCCUUCUUCGCGAACCCGGCUCUCCAUCAGCCUGGCUACCGUCCAAGAUCGGCAUGGUGGCAAGACUAGAGGAUGCUCCUCUCUUGGUUGGUCAAGGAUUGUUUCUGAGAGGAUUAGAAAGUGUAGAUCCAAUAAUCAAAUCUUUGCUUCCAUUGCAGAUAUUUCUCUUGAGCAAUCCAUAGAGAAUCCUUCUCUUCCAAAAGGUGACAUGUGGUCUGUUCAUAAAUUUGGUGGGACGUGUAUGGGCACCUCCAAAAGAAUUCAGAGUGUUGCUGAUAUAGUUCUGAGUGAUUCGACUGAAAGAAAGUUAAUAGUUGUUUCUGCAAUGUCAAAGGUGACAGAUAUGAUGUAUGAACUGGUCAACAAGGCUUCAUCAAGGGAUGACUCUUACAUAUCAGCAAUUGAUAACGUUUUUGAAAAGCACAAGUUAACAGCAUCAGAGCUUCUUGAUGGAGAGGAUCUUGCCAGAUUCUUAUCGCAAUUGCAUAAUGACAUUAGUAACCUGAAAACAAUGCUUCGCGCCAUUUAUAUAGCUGGUCAUGCCACAGAAUCUUUUUCAGACUUUGUUGUUGGUCAUGGAGAAUUAUGGUCUGCCCAAAUGCUGUCAUAUACAAUAAAAAAGCAUGGAAGGCCUUGUUGUUGGAUGGAUACAAGAGAUGUCCUUAUUGUCAAUCCUACCAGCUCCAAUCAAGUUGAUCCUGAUUAUAUAGAGUCAGAGAAGAGACUUGAGAAGUGGUUUUUAAAAAAGCCUGCUGAUAUCAUUAUUGCUACUGGGUUCAUUGCUAGUACACUUCAAAAUAUUCCCACUACUUUGAAAAGAGAUGGAAGUGACUUCUCAGCCGCCAUACUAAGUGCUCUUCUUAAGGCCCGACAAGUCACUAUCUGGACUGACGUUGACGGUGUAUAUAGUGCAGAUCCUAGUAAAGUUAGUGAGGCUGUGAUAUUGAGGACAUUGUCAUACCAAGAGGCCUGGGAAAUGUCAUACUUUGGGGCAAAUGUUUUGCAUCCGCGUACAAUCAUCCCGGUGAUGAAGCAUAGCAUUCCUAUCUUGAUACGAAAUAUUUUUAAUCUCUCUGCUCUUGGAACAAAAAUUUGCCAGCAGCCUGUGAACGAAAAUCAAGAUAGAAAGAGCUUGGAUUCUGUUGUCAAAGCAUUUGCUACCAUAGAUAACUUGGCACUUGUUAACGUUGAAGGAACUGGGAUGGCUGGUAUUCCUGGCACAGCUAGUGCAAUUUUUGGCACUGUAAAAGAUGUCGGAGCCAACGUUAUCAUGAUUUCGCAGGCUAGCAGUGAACAUUCUGUUUGUUUUGCUGUGCCAGAAAGUGAAGUCAAAGCAGUUUCUGCUGCCUUACACUCUAGGUUCCAACAAGCUUUAGAUGCAGGGAGACUUUCUAAGGUUGAGGUCAUUCCCAAGUGUAGCAUUUUGGCUACUGUUGGCCAUAAAAUGGCCAGCACCCCUGGAGUUAGUGCUACGCUUUUUGAUGCACUAGCGAAGGCUAACAUAAAUGUGCGAGCCAUUGCUCAAGGUUGCAGUGAGUACAACAUAACCGUUGUGCUGAAGCAAGAAGAUUGUGUAAGAGCUCUAAGGGCUGUUCACUCGAGAUUCUACCUUUCAAAAACAACAUUAGCCAUGGGUAUCAUUGGACCAGGUCUAAUUGGUGGAACGCUGCUGGAUCAGCUAAGGGAUCAGGCAGCAGCUCUCAAGGAAAAGUUCAACAUUGAUCUGCGUGUCAUGGGUAUCACUGGUUCACAGACAAUGAUUUUGAGUGACAUAGGAAUAGACUUGAGUAGAUGGCGAGAAAUACAGAAAGAAAAGGCUGAAGUGGCUGAUCUAGACAAAUUUGCUAAGCAUGUGAAUGAAAAUCACUUUUUCCCAAAUACAGUGUUGGUUGAUUGCACAGCUGAUACGAAUGUUGCAAACCACUACUAUGAUUGGCUACAAAAGGGCAUCCAUGUCAUUACCCCUAACAAAAAGGCAAAUUCUGGACCGCUUGAUCGGUAUCUAAAACUAAGGACGUUACAGCGGCUAUCCUACACGCACUACUUCUAUGAGGCAACUGUUGGUGCUGGACUCCCAAUCAUUAGCAGUUUGCAGGGACUUCUUGAAACUGGUGACAAGAUUUUGCAUAUCGAGGGCAUUUUUAGUGGAACUUUGAGUUAUAUUUUCAACAAUUUCAAAGGUACACGAGCCUUUAGCGAAGUGGUAUUCGAAGCAAAAGAGGCUGGAUAUACGGAGCCUGAUCCUAGAGAUGACCUAUCCGGAACAGAUGUUGCCAGAAAGGUCAUAAUUCUUGCAAGAGAGUCAGGUCUUAAGCUUGAGCUUUCCGAUAUACCUGUCCAGAACCUUGUCCCAGAGCCAUUAAGAGCAUGUUCUUCGUCAGACGAAUACAUGCAGCAGCUCCCUAACUUUGACAAAGAAUUGUCAGAUGAACGAGAUGAUGCUGAAGCCUCAGGGGAGGUGUUGAGAUAUGUUGGUGUUGUCGAUGUCGUUAAUGAUAAAGGAUCGGUGGAAUUAAGGAGAUACAAAAAAGAGCACCCAUUCGCGCAGCUGUCUGGAUCUGAUAACAUUAUAGCUUUCACCACCACACGAUACAAGGAUCAGCCACUCAUUGUCCGUGGGCCUGGAGCUGGCGCAGAAGUCACUGCCGGUGGAGUUUUCAGUGAUAUUCUGAGAUUGGCAUCUUAUCUUGGUGCCCCAUCUUAAUGCCCACAUCUUCAAUGAUUUUAGUGAUAAUUCCGAUUCUUUCACCCCAUACCGUGGGUGAUAAAGAGAAGCUUAAGCUUUCAUCGGGAACCAGUUGUCUCAUUCGAGCUUCGGUUGCAUGACAACGUGCGACAGAUGAAAUUUCCAAUCACGUGAUAUCACAUGGGUAACAUACUCUCAUAUGGCUGUCAGGCCUUUUUUUUGUCUAUUUCAAAUCCUAUCGACCGUCCUGCAUUCGAUCUGUCUUUGCAAAUUGCAUUUCUCCUUGGAUUAGAAUAAAGUGAACAAGCAGUGUUUCCUA